CAGCUGACACGAACCAGGACGAACAUGUCGUCGGAGGAGGAGAAUGACGAAUUGCAAGACUUGGAGGCGAUACGCGAUAAGAUUCUUAGUAGUCCGUGCAGCGAGCGUAUGCAAGUGAGCGCCUGGGAGGACGACGAUGACGGUGUAGAGGCGGAACGUAACGCGAGAGAACCGGACGCAAAGGCUAUGUUGAGCGCUGCCGAAGAGGGAAACCUGGAGAAAAUUAAGAAAUUAUUGCACAAAAAUAGCCUUUUACUGAGUUGCACUGAUAAGGACGGCUAUACUCCACUUCACAGGGCGUGUUAUGGCAACAAUGUGGAAGUGGUGGAGUAUUUGCUUGAAAUGGGAGCAAGAAUAGACGCUAAGACUCAAGAUGAAUGGCAACCCUUGCACUCUGCGUGCUGUUGGAACAACACGGAAUGCGCUGAAGCUUUAAUCGCGAAUGGGGCGGACAUUAAUGCAAAAAGCAAAGGCGAUCAAACACCUUUACAUCUAGUCUCCGCUAGUUCUCACAACUCCCCUGCUCUCCAGCUUCUUCUAUUGCAUCCCGAGACAAAUCCUUACUUGGUCAACUCGAGCGGCGAUACAGCAGAUCAAAUCGCGAGGAGGACAACGAAAUACUAUCCCAUAUAUGAAAUAAUUGAGCCCUGCUUAAAUGAGAUUUAAGGUACAUGGUUAAGUGCCUGUGGAUAAAUGAGAUACCAGUAUGACUUAAUGCAAAAAUUUAUUCAAUAUACAUAUACAUAUAUAUUUGGAUGGAAAUAUCAGCAAGAGGAAUGCAAACAUUGAAAAAAUGAGUGAUUUGUGUAAAUAUGUUUUUGUUGCUGUUAUUUAUUAUUUAUUUUUUUAUAUUAAUUAUGUUAUUCUAUAAAAAUUGAUACAUAUGCA